UAAACUUUGGUUAGGCCUCAAGUUCCAAAUUCGUUUUACGGUCAAUUUUCCUCGCCAUGACGCACAGUCUCUCGGAGGGUGAGAAUGCAUUGGUUGGAAUCACGGCCGGCAUCGCUGAUAUCACCUGCAUUCAGUGGGCCUACUACCUGAAGAAUGCCCGGCAGCAAAGAUUGCCUCUGACCUUGAAUCCACGGAUUUUGUACCGCGGGUAUGUGGCUAAUUGUGCAAAUGUUGCAGCAGGUACCAGUUUUCAGUUUGCCACUGCUGGUGCUCUAAACAAACUUGUGCUACGUGGAGCGCAGCGUGAACUCACAGACGUGGAGAAGGUCGGUACAGGUUUCCUUGCGGGUUUUGCAUCUGGAGUGGUCGCUUCGCCGGCCGAAUUAGUGAUGACACAGCAGCAGCUGAAAGGCGGUUCAGUCUUGCAAAAUGUGACAAAUCUGUUGCCGACGGGACCUUCGACCGUGUUUAAGGGAUUCUUUCCUACAUGUAUCCGUGAGGGCCUCUUCACUGCAGCUUAUCUGGGGGUUGCUCCAGUACUGCGCACGCACUUGUCUUCAGCCUUUCCAGGGACAAACGAGGAGCUGCAUCGCGUACUGGCAGCCACUGCUGGUGCCGCCUGUUCAGGCAUUCUGUCGCACCCGUUUGACACUGCCAAGACGUGCAUGCAGGGUGACAUCGAGCGUAAAACUUAUGGCAGCUUCCUUCAAACCUGCAAAGAAAUCCAUAGCUCCGGUGGCUAUGGCAGCUUCUACCGUGGCCUUGAGUUUCGAUUCUUGCGCCAAGUCUGGCAAGUUUGGGUUUUGGACCUGCUGCGGGUGAAAUUGUCACCAGUUCUUUUUCCAUACAGGUUCAAAGCCGAUACCAGUCUGUCACUUGAGCUGAACGUUGCAUAGUUUGCAUUCUGCCGUAGCCAGAGAUGUCAUGAUCCUGGAACUCCUUCGGGAGCGUGACUAUGGCGCCAUGCCAUGGCAAGGCCAUGGCAAGAUAUAUCUCACUGUGACGGGCAACGUCCCUCAACUAUUUUUCAGAGUUGGGUGGUUUGCAAGACUCACAAGAAGUUGUGAGCCAAUCUUCGCUGGAGCAAAAGAUUCGACGCAUCAGCUGCACGACAUGACCGUGCCUCAAUGGAGCUGACCAAAUUGUUGUCUUCUGCAUUCAUCAUGACAUCGCUGCGCAGCAAAUCUCUGUGUUGUGUGCCCAUUGUUGUUGAUUGUUGCGCCAUAAGCAAAAAAUCUGAAAACUAUUGAGGCCAGAGACGAC